AUGAACGAUCCGGGCCUUGAGCAGCCAAUCCAGAACUCGUACGACAAUGCGGCCGGUAAACUCAAGGAUAGGUUACCGAGCCAAGAGCCCAAAGGGAAUGGAGUUCGCGCCGCGUUUCGCAGAGAGCUGCAACAGGACGAGCAGGAAGAAGAGGUUGGGUUCUUCCAGCCAAAGCGAUGGUGGUUUACUUCGACGAUGUUUCCAUUAAUUGCUGGGACUUUUGGACCAUUAGCAAAUUUCUUCUCCGCUUGUGCAUUGUCGCAACCUUGGAGGCAACAUAGUACAGAUGGAAGCGAGAUUCUGGACCCUGAAUGGCUCAAUGGUGUUGUCGGCCUCUCGCUCGGAUGCUCAAUCAUUGCCAACGCAUUCUUAUUGGCCAACUUCGGCCAUUUGUUGCGCUACUCCUACGCGCAGCCUUUUACGAUAUGUUUCUGGUAUCUCGCCUCUAUCUUGCUAAUCAUACCUCUGGGAAUGACAGACACGACCCUCUCAGUAGCUGAAGUGCACACAAUGACGCAGGCAUAUUACUACGCCAUAAUAUCCGCCACCAUCUACAUGAUUUUACCGACUCUGCUCGUUUUGAAUGCGAUAGGAGCCUACAUCUUUCAUGCCUACCCGGCGUCUUUCAACCCGCUGACCAUCCCCCAACGCACUCUUAUGCUACAAACCAUUGCAUGGGUGCUGUAUAUGGCAGCUGGAGCAGCAGUAUUCUCUCGGCUCGAAGGAUGGUCCUAUCUCGAUGGUGUUUACUGGGCCGAUUAUACGCUCCUCACAAUCGGCCUUGGCUCCGACUUCCCUCCGCAAACACACGCAUCAAGAGCGCUGCUCAUUCCAUUUGCCGUUGGAGGCAUCAUUCUCAUCGGUCUCGUCAUUGGCUCUAUUCGCGGACUCGUACUUGAACGGGGCAGAGUCAAGAUUGUCCAUCGCACUGUCGCGAAAGAGCGGCGGAAGUGGAUCAGCCGCCAAAAUGAGCCAGACGCGGGCUGGAAGCGGGAGGAAUGGGAGGUCAUGCGGCGUAUCCAACGGAGAGCAGAAACAGUACACAAAUACUCGGCACUGGGAAGCUCCCUGUUGGCUUUUUUCGUUCUCUGGUUCCUCGGCGCCAUGGUGUUUUACCUCGCUGAGGGUCCACAACAGUCGUGGACAUACUUCGAGUCCCUUUAUUUCAGCUAUACCUCUCUGUUAACGAUUGGUUAUGGGGAUUUCUACCCCAUCUCCAACGCGGGCAAGCCGUUCUUCGUUAUCUGGAGUUUGUUGGCCGUGCCAACAGUCACGAUUCUCAUCUCGAACGUUGGCGACGUAUUGGUUGGGUGGAUUAGAGGCGGGCUUAUGUGGACCGUGCUGCCAUCGGGGGAGCGCAAACAACAAGACACCGACGAGGGCACCCAACGAAUGGGCACAGAUGUCGAGAGACUUGGUAAUGCCGUUGAACAGUCGGAAGAACAGAGAGGUCAGGGAGGCGGGUUGGCUGCGCGACUUGCGCGGGAAGUAGGCCGGCUUGCACGUGAUGCUGCGAGCAAAUCGGAUGUAGAUUACGCUUGGGAGGAUUGGGAAAAGUGGCUUGGGUUGCUUGGGGAAGGAAAGGGCGGGGAAAAGACUGGUGAAUGGACUUGGCUCGGCGAGGAUGGACCGUUAUUGAGCAACGUUAGCGAGACUGAGUGGAUUUUGGAAAAGCUCUGUGAGAGGUUGGAAGAAGAAAUUAGAUCCCAUUGA